UUUGAACCUUAGAUCAGGUUUUUGUUCUGCUGGCUAUCAUCUGCUGUAUGGACUCAGCUGGGUUCCUGUUUGAGUUGCUCCUCAGAAGAACUUCAUCAUCCAGCCUCACCUUUCUACAGUCUUAAAAUGUUUUACUUUCUCUGGUCUCUUCAUGACUGAUACUGAUUUGAAGACAACGCUGCAGCUGCAGAGAUGCGAUCAACAGACUGUGGGUUGAACUUACUAGAAAUCGCCAGCAGAGGGAGCUGUUUACCCAGAAUCUACUGCGCUCAUUUUGAAGAAGAUCAUGAAAUCAUUUCUCACAUGUGGCUUUGAUGUUCACUGAAACGUGACGUGAAGCAGACGACUGAUCCAUGAGUGAUGGUCAGAUCUGAAGAGGAGGAGCAGCAGCAGAGAUGAAGAGGGGAACACAGAGGAAUGCAGGGCUUUGAGGAGUUCCAGAUUGGGUUUUUGAAUUAGUGUUCAUCUUCUCAGUUUCAGCUGAUCUUCCUCUUCUCAGACAGGAGGAGGAGGAAGAGGUGGAGGACAAGGUUCUGCUGCUGCUCUUCAUUCUCAGAUUCAACACGGCAAUGAAAUGCAGCAGCAGUCGGACAGGAUAUGAGGAAUCUGUUUAGAUGUUCCUUCAGUUCACAGGUGAAACAUCCACUGAAGACACGCUCCAGUUUCUUUCAACAGAACUUCUUUGGAAACCAAUGUAGGUCACUGCUCGUCACCACCCAGACUCAGAUUUGUCUGCUGUUGGUUUGGAGCUACUGAGGGUUUUCCAUAAACAUGAAGACUUGACGUUCAAAGCAGAAACUGGUUUCUACAGCAGAAAUCCUUCUGCCCCAGUUUAACACCCAGAUUCUAGAGCAGAUCUGAUUGCUCUAGAAUGAGCUCUCCCUAAAACAGUUUUUGGACAACACUGCACCCUUUUAAAACAAAGAUGAAGUUUGACAGCCGGCUGUGCACCCUCAAUGUUGGUGGCCGCAGGUUUUCCUUCCCAGCAGAGCUGAUGAAGCGCCUUCCUCUCAGCAGACUCAGUCGGUUGCAUCGAUGUGGAUCAGAGCGUGAACUGCUGGAGCUCUGUGACGACUACGACCGAGACAGAAACGAGUUCUUCUUCGACCGCCACUCAGAGGCCUUCAGCUUUAUCAUGCUGUAUGUCCAACAUGGGACCCUGCGCUUUGUGCCGCAGAUGUGUGAGCUCUCCUUCUACAAUGAGAUGUUGUACUGGGGCCUGGAGAGCUCUGACCUGCAGACCUGCUGUCAGCGCCGCCUUGAUGACCGCCUGUCAGACUGCUUUGUCCAUUUCUUCCCUGAGGAGGAGCAACAAGGGCAGGAGGAGACCCAUAAUCACUGGCUGGAGACUCUAAGGAGGACGUUUGAGGAACCCACAUCCUCGUUGCUCGCUCAGGUCCUUGCAUCGGUGUCCGUCCUGUUUGUCGUGAUCUCCAUCGGAAUGCUGUGUGCCAGCACCUUACCAGACUGGAAGGCUGCAGAGACCCUGGACCAGCACAGGAUAAUAGAAGCAGUUUGUAUCGGUUGGUUCACAGCUGAGUGUGUGGUCCGUUUCCUUGUGUCCCAGGAUAAAUGUGAGUUUGUUCGCCGUCCAUUGAACAUCAUCGACCUGCUGGCCAUCAUGCCCUACUACAUCUCUGUUGCCAUGACGAUGUUGACGGGGGAGAACUCGCAGCUGCAGCGAGCUGGGGUCAUGCUGCGCGUCCUGCGGAUGAUGCGGAUCUUCUGGGUGAUAAAGCUGGCCCGUCACUUCCUGGGCCUUCAGACUCUGGGCCUGACGCUGCGCCGGUGUUACCGUGAGAUGGUGAUGCUUCUCGUCUUUAUUUGUGUUGCCAUGGCAAUCUUCAGUGCACUGGCCCAGCUGCUGGAGCACGGCUUAGAUCUGGAGGGUGGAAACCAGGAUUACGCCAGUAUCCCUGCGGCCUGCUGGUGGGUCAUUAUCUCCAUGACCACGGUGGGGUACGGGGACAUGUAUCCUGUGACGGUGGCGGGCAGGGUUCUUGGCGGGCUGUGCGUGGUAAGCGGCAUUGUGCUACUGGCGCUGCCCAUCACCUUCAUCUACCACAGUUUCGUCCAAUGUUACCAUGAGCUCAAGGUGCGCACAGCCCGCUGCAAUCACAGGCUGUCGGCAGAACUCAACUGACAUGUCCAAUCAGGCUGAUUUCUUUAAGCUGACACCAAGAACUAUUCAGGAAGAACUACAGAAACUUUCAUCUGGUAGAAAAACACAGACGCGAAAACUCAAGUGUGAUGAAAAUCAGAACUUCCAGAAUAGUUUCUCUCAACACCAAACCAAUGGUACUGCAUGUUAAGUCAUGUCAGACUUUACUGCACCACAGCGCCCCCUUCAGGUCUGACUUUGGUCUGAAAUCACAUCGAUUUCAAAUUAGUUAAAUUAGUUAAAGGUUGUCUUCUCAAAGAUGUAAUCAUAAAUUGUGAUAGGUCAGAAAGGUGUACUUAUUUUCUAAAAAUGGACGAAUGUCUCAUGUCCACAUAAUUCCAACAGAAAACAACAAAGCUGUGUUUUAUUCAGACCUCCAGUCUUGUAAAUAUCUUAGUUUAUAUCUUCAUUUCUCUAUGUGAUUUAUAAAUCUAUCUUCAAUGAGACAUACGGUUAAACACAAAAUUAUUCAUACUCCUGGAAGUCUCUGAACCGCGAUCUGCAUACCCUUUUAAGUUUUGCAGCGGCUCCACCACCCCAGCAGGUCCGAGUCUGUCUCCUGAUCGUCAGGCAUCUCCCUGGUGGACAUACUCAUGUGCAACAAUGGUCUUGGUUUGGCUGUGAAUAACUAUUAAUAAGCUAAAAAGGCAAUUAUUAACUAAGUUAGUAAUUUAGAUUAAACUUAGCAAGUCAGGUCACUGCCUGAUUAUCAGGAAUUAACAGCCAAUAAGCUCUCAGUCUCUGUCAGGUAUUGUUCUAUGAACACCUGUCUGGUGAGCUGUGGUGUUACCGGCUAAUAGGUGAAGGAAUGAAUUCACGCAUUUAAGCCCUGCACAUAUACACAGAAUAAACACAAACUACUUCUCUCCAAAUACAGCAAUUUGUUACCAGAACACUUCAAGUUCCAGUUAAAAUACUUUAGUCAACAAAUUUUAACUAGGCCAGCAACAUUCAACUAAACUACUGAGUAAUAAUGAAAAGAAUGAGGAAAACUGAUACAAUAUGGUUAUAAAUAGUAAAAGAAAGAACAAAAGAAUAAAACUGAAGCCAGUGACCAAUAAAAUGAUGCAGUGAAGCCACAGUUCAGUGUGAACAUGUCAGUUUAGGAACCAUGGUUUGUUUUGAUGAAUUGGAAUGAGGCUAAUUGAGCUCUGAAAGCUAACACACAACAACAGCUGCUAGGUGUUCAAACAACCAGUUCACAAUGCAUAGGUGACGAGAAAAUAAAACAUUAUUUUAUUAAAAUCAUGUUUCAGAAGUAAUUUACUGAAUUAGAGAUCAAUAACAUCUGGAACAACUGAUUUUUAAUGUUGUGUUAACUAGCCAUCACAGCGACUGAUGAAUGGCGUGAUGGACUACCAAGAUGGCGGCUUAAAACGUUUAUGGACUAAUAAGAUGGUGACAAACAGCGCAACGUUAUUUAGCGUCCCCUCAUGUAUCUUUAAGCAACAUUAAUUCAAAUAUUAAUGUGCAUAUGAACGCUGGCGGCAUGCUAGAACCCACCGCAGUGUGAACAUGGUGAGCUGUAUAGUAAACACAGCAGAACUAAUGGUGGCUACCAUCUUAGCAUUAGCUUAGCUUUAACAUUAGCAGCUGAGAUGUAACGUAGACGUAAUUUAGCACGUUUAGAAGGACUGCGGACAUAUUUCUGCAGGUUAGUGAGAGGAGAUGAAGGGCAAACACAGAUAGAGCAGAGUAAGCUCACGUUACACGAGCAAAAUGACUCUUUACCAGUCAUCAGCUCUACAAAACACGUUUGUAGCAUCAGGGUCGGGGGGCUGUUAAGCACCACAAACCAAGCAAAACACAAUUAAAUUAAUUAUAUUUAAAUAUUUUAAUUCAAAACAAAUUUUCUUUAAUCAGUGGAGGAAAACUGCUUCGUCUACAUAAUUAAGGACAUUGUCUCCUUUUUGGAGAAUCUGUAGUUCUCUCAGAUUCUUGCUGCAGGAGCUCAGACAAGUUCAGAGAGCUGGUUUUAUGCCCCUUUUCUACUGGCUCGUUUUAGGUGGCCCGGCUCAGCUCCACUGUCUCUCUACUCAGUAUGGUACCAGUUGUGUUUCCACUGACCCACAGAACCAACCUUUUUUCUGGAUGCAUCACUCCAUCUGGUGCAAAUAACAGAAAAAGAAAAUAUAGUUCCCAGAGUAAUAGAACAUACAUCCCACAAUAUGACAUAAAUAUUUAUAUAAUUUGGGGUUCUAAAAAAAAUAAAUCUUGUUUUACAUUAUUAUUGCUAACAGAAGUAAUUUUAUUAUUAAACUGUAUUAUAUAAUGAUAUCUCUCAGGGAUCAUUUACAGCCAGGCUGUAAUUAAUGAGCAAAGAUGGUUUAAUUAGCUUUCUGAUACCUGAAACAUAGAAUAAGUCUGAUGAGCUGCUAAUGCUAGUUAAUCAGACCAACCAGUCAGAUGUUGCUAACUGAUUAGCAGCUAGUAGUAGCAGGAUGAGGAGGCUCCUCCUGCUGGUAGGGAGGACCAAAUGUAUAUUAAACAUCAGCUUUUUUCUGUCUGAUGUGAUGCACUUCAUGGACGAUCCAAAAACUCUCUAGUUUUAUUUUCAAAUUUUGGAUCAGAACCCAGACACCAAACCCAAAUGUAUUUUACCUUGGAAAGGAAAAUAUGUUUAAUUAUUAAAAGACGUUUUGGCUGACAUUAAUAUUAAUUCUACUGAGAAAAAACAUGUUGGUAAACAUUUGUUUGAAACUUAAAUUUGCUAGGGGUAUGAAUAAUUUUGAGCUUUAUUGUGGAUGGACAGAUGGA